AUGAGCGCCUCCUACCCAUCAUGGAAAGAUCGCACACAAAAUCAGCUCGGAAAGCUUCAGAUCCAAGUACCAUGGCGCUCUUUCCAGCUCCUCGUGCCGCAUCGCAUGCGCCGCAAGCUCCGGUCUAAGCUACGGAGUCGCCUCUCACCUACAUCUUCGAUAUCGACUCUGCAAACUUCCUUUUCGCCAGCCGAUACUCUCAGGUCUCUACAGGCUCACCGGUGGACGGUUUAUGAUUUCCAGUACCUGUUGCUGCUGAUUGUGGGCAUAUUUUCUCUAACGAUCAUUCAAUCCCCCGGCCCACUUGGAAAAACUGCCAUUGCCACUGGGCUUUUAUGCUCUCUUCUCAUGCCCAUUACAAGGCAAUUCUUCCUGCCCUUUCUUCCCGUUGCUGGGUGGCUUAUCUUCUUCUAUGGAUGCCAAUUCGUUCCAAGCGAUUGGCGACCUGCCAUUUGGGUUCGGGUUUUGCCGGCCAUGGAAAACAUUCUGUACGGCGCUAACAUCAGCAAUAUCCUUUCUGCACACCAAAAUGUGGUGCUUGAUGUUCUGGCGUGGAUUCCUUACGGACUGUGCCAUUACGGAGCCCCAUUUGUCGUUUCGCUAUUGCUUUUCUUCUUCGGUCCCCCAGGAACUACUCCACUUUACGCCAGGACUCUCGGCUACAUCAGCAUGACCGCCGUCUUCAUUCAGUUGGCUUUCCCAUGCUCGCCACCUUGGUAUGAAAAUCUGUACGGUCUUGCUCCAGCCGACUAUUCGAUGCAGGGUAACCCGGCCGGUCUUGCUCGCAUCGAUAAGCUGCUCGGCAUCGAUCUGUAUACCUCCGGCUUCAAGCAAUCUCCCGUGGUUUUUGGUGCUUUCCCUUCGCUCCAUGCCGCCGAUUCAACCUUGGCAGCAUUGUUCAUGAGCCACGUCUUCCCGCGGCUGAAGCCCCUUUGGGUCACUUACACUCUGUGGAUGUGGUGGGCAACCAUGUACCUUUCUCACCACUAUGCAGUCGAUCUGGUCUGCGGUGGUCUCCUUGCCACAGUAGCAUUCUACUUCGCGAAGACCCGUUUCUUGCCCCGAGCCCAAACCGACAAGAUGUUCCGUUGGGACUACGAUUAUGUCGAGGUCGGUGACAAUUCUCCUGAAUUUGGGUACGAUCUCGCCAGUUUAGACGGCGAUUUCAAUCUGGACAGCGAUGAAUGGACCGUGGGCUCUUCCUCGUCUGUUUCUUCGGGCUCUCUGAGCCCUGUGGACGAUCACUACACAUGGGAAAGCGAACACCUCACCUCGAACCACGAUAUCGAGGCCGGCCGUUAG